CACUCUCUUCUUUGUCUCUCUCUCCCUCGAGAAACGGAGCAGAGCAGAGCAUUUCUCCGCUCUGUACCAUACCAAGAAAGAAGAGAUAGGGAGAGAGAGUUAAGUAAGCGAACCAGUGAUACUUAGCAAUUUGGAUUCUCUGAGAAAAACAGAGGAGAGAGAGAGAGAGAGAAACAGAGGAUUUAUGUCGUCUGGUUUUGAUCGGUCGACUAGAGCUCUAAGGAAGCUCUGGGUCUCUGUUCACUCUCUCUGCACCAUUUUAUGCCUCGUUUUAAUCUUUGGCAAGCAAUCUUGUUCACUUCAAAAUAGCAAGAAACAGACUUUCUUGAUCAUUUUUAUACGAUUAAGAUCAAAACGGAAUUGUUCUUGUAUUGAAGAUUGUGUGAGCAAAAUUUACUAUUUUCAAUUUUGGGUUUUAGGGGUUUAAGGGUUUUGGGUUUUCCUUGAAACCCAAGCUUAUCAAAGAUUUACUUUCUUUUUUUUUUUUUUUUAAAUUUCCCCAAUUAUUAUUUAUUUCCUUUUUGAGAUUAGAGUGAGAAAUCUCUCUAUAAAUUUCAAUUUCAUAAAAUGCCAGGCCUUAGAAGGCCAAUUUUGGAUCAAAGUUUGAGUUUUGACAAAGAGAAGAAGAAAAAACCAAAGGAAAUGAUUGCCACAAGAAAAGUUCGCAUAAUUUGCCAUGAUCCUGAUGCCACAGACUCUUCAAGCGAUGAAGAUGAAGCACACAUUAAUCCAAUCGGUGCUAAGCGUUUUGUAAAAGAAAUCAAUCUCUCAAUGUUGCCGAAUGAAUCAAGAAGUGAGAAUUGUCCAGGAGAAACUAGUAAUGGAGACAAAUUUAAAACUAAGACUAGAAUAUCAUCCUGUAGUUACAGAGGGGUUCGAAGAAGGCCAUGGGGGAAAUAUUCCGCAGAGAUUCGAGAUCCAUUUCGAAAGGUUCGAGUAUGGCUUGGUACUUACACGACUGCAGAAGAGGCUGCAGCUGCUUAUAGGAAAAAGAAAGAGGAGUUUGACAGCAAAACGGCAAAGAACAAACUAAAGAAUUUGUCAAUUCCUUCGAAAAUCGAUGCAGUUGAAGAAUCGAGUGAUUUCUUUUCUCAUCCAUCACCAUCUUCUGUGCUUGAUGUCUCCACUACAACUACUUCACUUGUUCAUGGGCUUGAAAGUUCAAGCAAUGUGGAGGAUAAAUUUCAAGAGUUACAGAUUUCAGAUUUAUGGGAAGAGCCUGUGCUUUCCCCUUCUGCUAGUCAAGAACUGCUUGGUUCUGAUUACUGCUCGCUGUUUGAGAACGAUUUUGGUAACUUUUUUUAUACACAAGAUAUUUCUGUGGCAGAAAGUGGAGAGAUGGUAGAUUUUGCUAUAGAUGAGGUAAUGGAUCUUCCUAAUAUUGAACUUGAGGCUCUUGCUUUUGUUGAGGAAACUUUAAAUUUUACAUGCCUAUGAUAAUUUUUGCAGUUAGGAAUUGAGGGAUUAUAGAAUUUUGGUGAAGAGAUAUAAUAUUAUUGGAGUUGUUCUUUUUGUCCUUGUUAGGAAGAUAGAAAAGAGAGUUCUUGGGAUUCUCUUAGUGGUUUUUGUGCAUUAUCCAAGAUUUUUGCAACUCUCUAUAGUGCUAAGCUUAUGAGUAAUUUAUUUAUAGUAUAUGUAAACUUUGUUAGCUUUGAUUGCAACAAUAGAGCUAUACAUUGUUGUUAUUGGGGAUAUGAAUAUUCAUAUAUAUAGACAAGGAUUUGAAGUCCUAGUUUGUUUCUUGAUGUC